GGUCCCAGGGGGGUUCUAAGAAAACAUUGGGAGGUGAAGAGGAUUCUAAAGAGGAUGACUGUGGUCCUGCAAUGAUUUGUAGUGAUCAUUCUGAUGAAAGGUGUUCCCUUGAUAUUUUAGAGAAAACAGUGGGAGGUCAAGAGGAUGUUAUCAUGGAAGACUGUGGUCUUCAAGAGGAUGAUACAAAGGAAGAAUGUGGUCCUGCAAUGGUAGACAGUGAUCGUGCUGAUGAAAGGUGUUCCCCUGGUGUUUCAGAGAAAAAGGGGAGAGGUCAAGAGGAUGUUAUCAUGGAAGACUGUGGUCUUCAAGAGGAUGAUACAAAGGAAGACUGUGGUCCUGCAAUGGUAGACAGUGAUCGUGCUGAUGAAAGGUGUUCCCCUGGUGUUUCAGAGAAAAAGGGGGGAGGUCACUGUUCCUGCAUAGAGGAAGAGGACAAUGGAAUUAGUCUUCAAGGAAACAUCCCUCAUAUCACAGUGUCUGGCAAGUCCACUCUAACAGAGAAGGAAGAAAUUUGCAAAUUUUUUCAAUUUUUCAAUGGAGUGACAAAACGUCAUUUGAAAUUCAGCAAGAACAUUACUCAUGUUGUCAUGAUCACAGAUAGCAAAAACUUUAUCUGUGAUCGAACUAUGAAAUAUAUUCAAGGCAUUGCGCAUAGAUGUUGGGUAUUGAGUAGUGAAUGGUUGUACAAGUCAUUAGAAGCAGGUGUUUUACUACCUGAGGAGAAAUAUGUAAUUAGAGGAGAUACAGUUUCUGGAGAGGAAGCAGUAGGAGCAAGAAAAUCAACUUCAUCAGAGGCAGCAGCAGGAGUUUUGCAGACAAUGUCAAUAUAUUUACAUGGAUUUAAUGAAGGAUCAAAGAUAUCCAGGGAGGAAGUUGAGGAUCUUAUAAUCUGUAGUGGAGGACAAUUAUUAGGUUCAUUAAGCCCAAAUUUGACAAAUGCAAUCACAUUAACAUUGGGGGAAACAAUGGCAGAUGUUUCUGAGAAAGAUAAUAAGUACUUCUGCUGUAUUAAACAAAUCUAUGGUAUUUCAACGGCAACAUUGUCAUGGCUGAUGGAUUGUAUAGCUGAGCAGAAGCUUAAUUCACCAUCAGACUAUUUAGCUGCAAAUUAUUAUGGUGAAGAGGCUAAUGAAGACACACCGAAAAUUGAAGAAGACAUUGACUGGAUUCCGGGGAAAGAUGAUGGUGAUACUGGAGAGGAUGGUGAUGAAAUACAGUGUUAUAAAGAGGUUGAUGUCGAUGCUAAUGAUGACAGCGAGGAAAAUGUAGAAGAUCCAGACUGGAUUCCUGGAAAAAGUGAUGAUGAGGAUGAUGAGGAUGAUGAUGAUGAUGAUGAUGGAAAGAACAACAAAGAUAAUGAGAUAACAGAUACUGAAGUUCAAGAUGUUAUUUGUGCUGGAUUGCAUGGAAAGAACAAACAGGACAGUGCAGAAGACUGGAUACCUGGGACAAGUGAAGAUGAUGAUGAUGACGAGGAUGAAAAUGAAGUUGUCAUUCCCAAUAUUGGUGCUAACAACAAUAUUGUACUUCAAAUGACAAGAAAAACAACAAAGGGGCGUAGUGGGAAAAAAAAUAUUUGUUAUUAUUGCGAGAAACCAUAUAGUAGAAUUUCUAGACAUUUGAUUCAAGUGCAUAACAAAGAAAUGGAAAUAGCGAAAAUUCUAUCAUUUCCAAAAAAGAGCAAGGAAAGAAAAACGUUGUGGAAGGAAAUCGUAAAUAAAGGAAACUACAAGCACAACUAUGAUGUUAUGAAAAAUGGUAAUGGUGAGAUAGUACCAAAAUACAGACCAAGAAGUACAACAAACAAUCCAGAACCAGAGAAUUGCUAUUCAUCUUAUGCACCUUGUGAAUUUUGUUUGGGUUCGUAUAAGAAAACAGACCUGUGGAAACACCAAAAAAAGUGUGAACUAAAGAGUAGUGAAAAAAAAAGUAAAGCGAACCCAAUUCGGAUGGGGAAACUUCUCCUACCAAUUGUUGGAACUAGCAAAGGAUUCUAUGAGAACAUUUUUAUUAAAAUGAGGGAUGAUGCUGUCAAACUUGAAAUCCAAAAUGAUCCUCUUGUUUUGCAAUUUGCUGAAAGGUUGUAUGAAAAAAAUGGAGCAAAUCUUCAUCAACACCAGUAUAUUUCUCAAAGACUAAGAGAAUUGGGGAGGCUGCUAAUGCAGUUUAAGGAAGAUCAUACUGAAAUCACAUCAUUAAAAUCGGCUUUAAAUCCAGCCAACUGGGACAAACUUAUUCUUGCAAUCAAAACUUUGGCUGGCCAUGAUGAGAAAGACAAUUCCUACCAGACUCCCUCAUUGCCCUUAAAACUAGGGCACAGCCUAAGCAAAUGUGCCAAAAUCUUAAAGUCUAAUGCAAUAAUUGAAGAGAAUGAAGCAGAUAGAAAAAUUGCAGACAACUUCCUGAUUUUAUAUCAGAGUGAUUGGGAAGAGAGAAUAUCUUCCCAAGCCUUGGCAACUUUACACAAUGAGAAGUUUAACAAGCCUAUGUAUGUUCCUCUUGCAGAGGAUGUGGUCCUGCUGAACAAAUAUCUCUCUACAGCUGCCAUGACCCUCAAAGAAAGACUUGAUGACAAAAUAGAGGAAGCUGUGUACUCUGAACUGGCCGAAGUCUGUCUUGCACAGGUAAUAUUGUUUAACAGAAAGAGGAGUGGGGAGGCACAGCGUUUGACUCUUACCCAAUAUAAUGAAGGCUUGACAAACAAACCAUAUGUUAACAAUGACAUAGAGAAAUCUUUAACAAAAUUUGAAAGUGAGCUAUGCAAGAGCCAUACAAGAAUCGAAAUCAGAGGGAAAAAAGGAGCAAAAGUCCCAAUCCUUCUAACAAACAGCUUAAAAGAAACAAUGGAAGCACUUCUGAAGGCCAGAAAGGCACUGAAAAUUGAUUCAGACUACCUAUUCAUAAAACCAAAAAACUCAAACCCAAUCAGGGGGUCAGAUUGCUUAAGAAAAUUUUCACUCAAAUGUGGUGCGAAAUGUCCAAACCUACUUACUUCCACUAGAUUGAGAAAACACCUUGCAACAAUUUGUCAGAUACUAGAACUCAGUGAAUCAAACCAAGAUAUGCUCGCCAAAUUUAUGGGACAUGACAUAAGAAUUCACAGAGAAUUUUAUCGCCUGCCUGACUCGACCCUAGAAUUGGCGAAAGUUGCUAAGGUUCUACAUCUAAUAAACACUGGUGGAAUUGCAAAGUACAAAAACAAAGAUUUUGAUGAAAUCGAGUUUGAUUACACAGCUGAAGUUGAAAUUCAAGAAGAUGAAGUAGAUGAGAACAAGUCUGAUGAUAAUGAAAUAGAGGAUGAAGAGUCAGACGAAGAUGUUUAUGAAUUCCCCGACCCUUGCAAAUCAAUAAAAAAGAGAAAAGUCACGCAAAAGAAAGGUACAAGCAGAAAUGGUGGACGACAUCAUUGGUCAAAGGAUGAGAAAAAUGCCAUUGAGCGCCAGUUUUCUGAAUAUUUCAAAUCUGGACAUACACCUGGUCGAUUAGCAUGCUUAAAUGCAAUUGCAAAAGAACCAAUACUCUCAAAACAUGACUGGUCCAAGAUAAAGCAUACUGAUAGAAAUAUGAUCAUUUCACAAAAAAGGAAACUAUACAAGGCUUAAAUAUUUCAUAUCUUAUUUCAUUAUUGUAUGUUAAAAUUAAAGAAGACAUGGGAAAAGGAGGGCAUUAUUCCUUGUCUCCUACAUUUCUUAGCCUGUAUACAUGUUUGUUUGGUUGUUUAUAUAUUUGUUAGUUUGUUUGUUUUUGGUUACGAUUUAGUGUAUUUAUCUGCUUAUAUAUGUAAUAUGAUCAAACAGUAAAACUUAAAAUUCUAAUUGCUCUAAUUGGCUAAUUGCAAUCCAGUGAAACCAAUGAGAAGAAAGUUAUACAUGUAUGAUGAUCUUAAUGCUGAAAAGCUUUGGAAAAUUGACAUAUCUAUUGUUUAUUUAUCAAUGUUUUCAGAUUCAAUGCAUAUAGAUAUAAAUUAAAGUCUGAUAAAAUCAACUAGCCUAUAGAUUUUAUUUUGUAAUCAAUAUUGCAUGAAAAAUCAUACAUGAACUUAAA